GGAAGGUGUGCAUCCCAUUACAUCUGGCAUAAAACUAGCAUAGCAUUUCAUAAAAAGGACAUCAUACCAGCAGUCAACCAUGGUGGUGAAUAUUUGGCUCAGGGGCGGACUGACAACUCAUGGGGCCCCCGGGCAAUAGGGGAUCAUGGGGCCCCUGUGUCCUUGCCCAAACUCAAAAAAGCUAUGAAAAAGGUACCAGGGGCAUCUCAUGGGGCCCCCUACUGACCCCGGGCCCUCGGGCAGUGCCCGAGUUUCCAAAUGGUCAGUCCGCCCCUGAUCUGG